CAUCCUUUGGGGACUUGGAUCUGGUGUUAGGCCAUGCAGUUGGGCAGUGGGAAACUCCUCCAUCCUCAGUCUUGCUUAAAGCUGGCUUGUCCCCUGACUCCUCCUUAUAUUCAUGGCCUUGUUUCUGUACCUUGAGUAUUGGGGGUAGGACAUGGGCAUAGGAGUAGGAUAACCUCCCCCGAUACACUCACACCUUCAGCCCUAUCCUCCCUGGCUUAACUAUUGGAUAUAGAGUAAAAUAAGUGGCUGGCUGACAAGGAUUUUCAUUUCCUACCUGAGAGAAGAAUCUAGCUUUUUACUAGAGGCCAUCAGUUUCUUGAAAAGCCCAUGUGCUAUGUUGGGAGUAAGAGUGCAAAACUUAGGCUUAUACAGAUUGUGUAUUGCACAGCUUCCAGGGACACCAUUCACCUCAUAGUCAUUGUGUGGAUAGUUACUAUGCUAGUUUUCUAAUAAAUGUCAGUCAUCUUGAGGAAGGGGUGCUUUUUUUUUCUUUUUUCUUCUUCUUUUUUUUUUUUUGUGAGACAAGGUCUGGCUCUAUCACCCUGGCUGGAGUGCAGUGGUGCAAUCUCAGCUCACUGCAACCUCCGCAUUCUGGGCUCAAGCCAUUCUUCCAGCUCAGGCUCCAGAAUAGCUAGGACAACAGACACAUGCUACCAUGCCUGGCUAAUUUUUGUAUUUUUAGUAGAGAUGGGGUUUUGCCAUGUUGCCUGGGCUGGUCUUGAACCCCUGAGCUCAAGUGAUCCACCUACCUUGGACUCCCCAAAUGAUGGAAUUACAGGGGUGAGCCACAACACCCAGCCAUCUUUUUUUGGGGGGGGGGGUCUCACUCUGUCACCCAGGUUAGAGUGCAGUGGCAUGAUCUUAGCUCACUCUACAGCCUUGAACUCUUGCACCCAAGUGAUCCUCCUUCCUCAGCCUCCUGAGUACCUAAGACUACAGGCAUGUACCACUACCUCCCACUAAUUAAUUUUUUUUUUUUUGAAACGGGGUGUCACUAUGUUGACCAGGUUGGUCUUCAACUCAUGGCCUCAAGCAGUCCUUGCCUCAGCCCCCAAAGUGUUGGGAUUACAGGAGUGAGCCACUGUGCCUGGCCUGGUUUUUUCUAAUGUACACAAAGUUGCUAUGAGUACUAGCCAUAGAGUGUGGUGAGGGGAGGGUGAAUAUGAAACACAAAGUGUAGAUUCCACAAAUACUUGCAAAGCACCCUUCUGUAGAGUAGGCACUUAACCUUGGAGAUACAUGAUAAAUAUGUGUGUGCUUAAGAUUGCUUUGUCUAGUAAGGUGCCAGAUAAUUCUAAUACUGUUCUAACACUGCAGUUAAGUAAUGGUUCUCGAGGGAACACAGGUGGGCAGUGUUGGGACAUCAAGGAAGGCUUCUUAGAAGAAAUGACUUCUAAACAAAAGAAAUUGGAUGUGGUGCCUCUGAGAUGAGAUCUGAGUGGCUGAAAAUGGAGCCCUGGGAGUCCAGAGAGGGAGAAAGCUGGAGAGGUGCCUAGAUGGACGGUUAAGGGAAGUGAUCCUCACCUCUUACAAAGACUUUUGAGUGUCCACUGCCCUUCAGCAGCUUCCAACUGACAAGUCAUUCAUUUGAAAAACAGCAGCUAUUAGAUGCCUGGCAAAGAAGAGAAGGGGGAAAAAGUUGGAAGUCCUAAACGAGACAAUAAGUACCAAGCUCUGUUCCUGGUUCUGGGGAAGUUCCAAAGGAGACUGCAAAGUUAGUAGAGAAAUGGGCUCCUGGUAUCCUCACCUCCCAGUCCUGCUUAAUGCUGAGUGUGAGGAGAGAUGGAAGUCGGGGAGAUCUGGGGAGGACUACAGAGAAGGGAGGCUCUGGUUGUAUGCCCAAAGGGCUUGGCUGGUCUUGGGCAGAAAUUGGAACCCAUACUUCCUGGAUGACAGCGGAGGGCAUGGCCUGCCAGGGUAGGCUUUGAGAGAGUAAAAAUUCCAAUUCAAGUAUCAGAGGAGGGUGGUUUGGUUCCAAGUUUAGGCUUGGAGGUAGAAGGAUGUUCAGGCAGCCAAGGACUGUAAAGCUACAAGGAUUUCCUAGGCAGGUGUCUGCCUGGUUUCCAGGAUGGGACACACUUCAGUCGCAAAAUGGACCAUCAGUGACCGGCUAGAUCCCCCGCCCGGGUGGGAGGGGGUGGGACGGUCUUGGGAGAAGGGCGGAGGGCGGGGCCAGGGGCCACUUAAGGCGGAGUCCGGAGUCCGGGCGUUCUGGCAGCACCAGAGUCCUGCAGCAGAGACGGGCUGGGCUGGCACUCACCCACGACCCCCCUUCCCUGCUAUGAUGGUUUGUCAGUAGCAGGUCCUAGACACCCCCCGCCCGCUCCCGGGGCACGUGGGCAGAGCUAGCAGCAGCCAGGUGCACGGAGCCACAAGAGCUCUAGGGCACUCUGGGGGCAGCUCUGCCUGCUGCCCUCUCUGGUGCCUGUGGAGAUGCCUAACUGACAGGAGAGUUAGUGAGGACAAGAACGCUCCCUUUUGGCCGAGGUCCGCUGUAUCCAUGGCUCUCCUGACCAAUCUACUGCCCCUGUGCUGCUUGGCACUUCUGGCGCUGCCAGCCCAGAGCUGCGGGCCGGGCCGGGGGCCGGUUGGCCGGCGCCGCUAUGCGCGCAAGCAGCUCGUGCCGCUACUCUACAAGCAAUUUGUGCCCGGCGUGCCAGAGCGGACCCUGGGCGCCAGUGGGCCAGCGGAGGGGAGGGUGGCAAGGGGCUCCGAGCGCUUCCGGGACCUCGUGCCCAACUACAACCCCGACAUCAUCUUCAAGGAUGAGGAGAACAGUGGAGCCGACCGCCUGAUGACCGAGCGUUGUAAGGAGCGGGUGAACGCUUUGGCCAUUGCCGUGAUGAACAUGUGGCCCGGAGUGCGCCUACGAGUGACUGAGGGCUGGGACGAGGACGGCCACCACGCUCAGGAUUCACUCCAUUACGAAGGCCGUGCUUUGGACAUCACUACGUCUGACCGCGACCGCAACAAGUAUGGGUUGCUGGCGCGCCUCGCAGUGGAAGCCGGCUUCGACUGGGUCUACUACGAGUCCCGCAACCACGUCCACGUGUCGGUCAAAGCUGAUAACUCACUGGCGGUCCGGGCGGGCGGCUGCUUUCCGGGAAAUGCUACUGUGCGCCUGUGGAGCGGCGAGCGGAAGGGGCUGCGGGAACUGCACCGCGGAGACUGGGUUUUGGCGGCCGAUGCGUCAGGCCGGGUGGUGCCCACGCCGGUGCUGCUCUUCCUGGACCGGGACUUGCAGCGCCGGGCUUCAUUUGUGGCUGUGGAGACCGAGUGGCCUCCACGCAAACUGUUGCUCACGCCCUGGCACCUGGUGUUUGCCGCUCGAGGGCCGGCGCCCGCGCCAGGCGACUUUGCACCGGUGUUCGCGCGCCGGCUACGCGCUGGGGACUCGGUGCUGGCGCCCGGCGGGGAUGCGCUUCGGCCAGCGCGCGUGGCCCGUGUGGCGCGGGAGGAAGCCGUGGGCGUGUUCGCGCCGCUCACCGCGCACGGGACGCUGCUGGUGAACGAUGUCCUGGCCUCGUGCUACGCGGUUCUGGAGAGUCACCAGUGGGCGCACCGCGCUUUUGCCCCUUUGAGACUGCUGCACGCGCUAGGGGCGCUGCUCCCCGGCGGGGCCGUCCAGCCGACUGGCAUGCAUUGGUACUCUCGGCUCCUCUACCGCUUAGCGGAGGAGCUACUGGGCUGAGCGUCCCAGGCAUAGAAACCUCGAAGCGCCCGAGGAAACGAGGGCCUGCUGGCUGAGAUAUGGGGCUGUGGACAGCAGACGAUGCCGACUGGAAGGGAGGGAGAGGGAGGGGGAGGGAGAAAAUGGGGCUAUGCCUGGCUUAGGGGCAACCUCGUACUGGGAGGAGGUGAUACCGGGUCCUAGGUAGGUAGGGCUGAUGGUGCGCACUCCUUAAAGAGGACUAUUUAGCCUCUCCCCCAGUGCUUCAGCCCCACCCGAUAAUUUUAUUUUAUUUCUUAUUUAUAAAUUGUAAUAUAAUGAUUCCCUUGCCCAGCUUGCCAAGGUGAGGGGCUGGGGCAUGGCAUUAACACUGUCUGACACAGCCAGCCAGUCUGACAUCUGACGUUUUCCUACAAGGUGGGCUAAUAAAGGGAAGGCUUUCAGGA